AUGAAGUCCUUCGCUCUCGUCGCCAUGGCCGCUGGCCUGGCCUCCGCCACCGAGUGGCCAGACUGCAGCCAGAACAACUGCUACCGCAACAUGGUCCGCGAAGACAUUGCAGACAUGGGCGUCGACUUCUGCUUCGAAUUCCUCGCCGGCACCACUACCGCCCCCGAGGCCAUUCCCACACAGUACGUCAACUGCCACCACGAUGUCCACAAGGUCUCGUCCGUCUGCUCCUGCAUCACCUACACGGCCACCCACGAGCCUUCCCCCACGGAGGAGCCCUGCACAACCACCACCACCACAGAGGAGGAGCAUGGCUCAACAAGCGAGCCUUGCACCACCACCGAGGAGGAGACACCUACCGAGGAGCCCGAGACCAGCACUCCAUGCACUACCACCGAGGAGCAGACACCUACCGAGGAGCCCGAGACCAGCACUCCAUGCACCACCACCGAGGAGCAGACCCCUACCGAGGAGCCAGAGACCAGCACUCCUCACACCACCACCACCGAGGAGCAGCACACUACUACCCCGGAGCCCCAGCCUACCACCACCGAGGAGGAGGACUGCGAAGAGUGCACACAGACCUCUUUCACCACUGUGACCUUGCCUUGCACCGAGUAUGACUGCACCAACACGGAGGAGCACAGUCCCACUGAGACGCCUACCUCGGAGGAGCACACUCCCACUGAGACGCCUACCUCGGAGGAGCACACUCCCACUGAGACGCCUACCUCGGAGGAGCACACUCCCACUGAGA